AAGGACGUGAUGAUGCUGUGAUCCUAGAAGAGCCAAUUAACAGAACAUCAGAUAACACAACUGCAGAAAGAAUAACACAGUGCCAGACGGAUGAAAAUAAGAUGGAGGAUAGCAGUACAAGCUAUUCGGGUUUAAUCGUACAACAAAGUCCUGAGUUGAAUGAAGAUAAAAGGGCUAAUUCACCCAUAUCAAUUGCACACGAGAGCGUGGACCCACAAACCAGCUGCUCUUCUGCCAAACCAUGUGCCAAUACAAGUGAGCAGGUUGAGGCCGGGACAGCUAUUAGCUCAUCUGAUAAAUGUUUUGGAUUUAGUUGUGUAGAUGAUGCACAAAGAGACAUUGAGAUUACAUGUGAUAAUGACCUCGGUGUGAAUGAUUAUCAAAAUAUGGAAAUGAAUACAGACAGAAACUUUGUCGCCAUUGUGCCAAAAUUAGAAGAAUCAUCUGUAGGAUCCAACAGCACCCAGAUUAGCUCUACUAGUCUUACAACAAAAUUAACAGACUGUAAUACCGAGCCAAGCAUAGUUGAUCCACCCAUGAAAGCCUCUUAUGAGGGUCCCGUCGACAACAUUCAAGUGAAUCAAGAUCAAGAAUCCAGGACAGAUGAGUGCUUACUGAACUGUGAGAGUCAAAAUUCAGUGGAGAUUGUCACAAACAUAACACAAAGAGGCGGGACUACAGACACAAAGAUUAUAGGGCAAGGAUGCACUCCAGUUGGAGAUUUGUGUAACACCACAGGAAACGAGCCUAAGCUGCUACUGUGCUCACCUCGGCAUCGGGAGGAAUUCAUUUCAGAUUGUGAGAAACUUCAAGUUCAGCAAUCUGACAAAUCCUCUUCACUAGGCUUUAGCACGCUAACAGCCGAUAUAACCACUGUUCACUCCCUGCCUAAUCCUGCCCCUACCACCACUGCAGCCAUAGCAACAGCCAUCCCGGCACUAAGCAAGCGAGAGGUGGGGGCUAGAGGAGGAGACUUGCUACCACCGGUGAACUCCGAGUUCCUAUCAGAACUGGAAAGAGCUGACGACAGGGACAAGGUGGCCACUGCCGAGGAGUCUCUUGACUUGGGCGAAGGGGAAGAAGAUGAGUUUGGGGCUUUCAUGCAGGCAGGUGGCGAGCCAGACUGGACGGCCGGAUUCACUGAGGUCCAACAGUCACCUGCUGGAGAGGAUUACAACAGUGGAGAACUUCAAAGAUGUGCUGAAUCAGAUGUACCUGCAUGCUUAAAAUCUGAUUGGACGGCACCCCAGCAGUCAGAGAGCCCAUGGAUUGCUUUCAGUCAAGAGUCUGUGGAGCAGAAGAUAACACAUGAUGGUCAAUGGUGGCCUUCUACUUUAGACAAGCCAAACAUUUCUUCUGUUCACAAUGUGUCAAAUGUGUUUCUAGAUGCUUUUCCCUCAGAAAAGCCAUCAUGUGAAGAUCCUGAUUACAUUCCUACAUUAUCACAGCUUAUGCAAGGACCUGAAAAUGGCAAUACAGAGGACCACAGGGAGCAAAACUUACUUGAUGGCCUACAGGACCUAGACAGGAUUGGUCUGAAAUAUGAGCGGGCGGAGUCGCUGUCUUGUAAACUUCUCCUUCAGUCGUUGCAUUUGGACCGUCCCACCUCCGACUAUGUGACAGUUCGAGUGAAGACCGGUGCCAGGUUUUCUCCAAAUCUACCAACGUCCAACCAGCAAUUAGCUUCAAGUGCUAAAAGAAGACUGUCUUAUGACUUCAACAGAAAUACCACGACCUAGUCUCCAUAUCUA